CUCCCCGCCAGGGCUGUGGCCUUCGGCCCCGGGGCCACGGGGCGGAGGCGCCCGGGAGGCGGACGAGGAGGACGCCGGCCGCGCCGCAGCUCCGCCAUGGGCUCCCGCAGCUCCCACGCCGCCAGGAUCCCCGACGUGGACAGCAUCCGGCGGGAGACUGGCUUCUCGCAGGCCAGUCUGAUCCGCCUCUACCACCGGUUUCAGGCGCUGGACAGGAAUGAGAAGGGCUACCUGAGCCGCGUGGAUCUGCAGCAGAUUGGGGCGCUGGCAGUGAACCCCCUGGGAGACCGCAUUAUAGACAGUUUCUUCCCUGACGGGAGUCUGCGAGUGGAUUUCCCAGGCUUUGUCAGAGUCCUGGCUCAUUUUCGACCUGUAGAUGAUGAGGACAACGGAAACCGGGACCCUAAGGAACCUGAACCCCUCAACAGCAGAAUGAACAAACUUCGCUUUGCAUUUCAGCUCUACGACCUGGACCGAGAUGGAAAGAUCUCCAGGCAUGAGAUGCUCCAGGUACUCCGGCUGAUGGUCGGGGUACAGGUAACCGAAGAGCAGCUGGAGAGCAUCACCGACCGCACGGUGCAGGAAGCUGACGAAGAUGGGGAUGGGGCUGUGUCCUUCCUGGAGUUCACCAAGUCCUUAGAGAAGAUGAACAUUGAGCAGAAAAUGAGCAUCCGGAUUCUGAAGUGACCCCCUUUGUGCCUUUGGACUGCUCACACAGACGGGUUUUGCUUGGUAUUCAUCCUCACGGAGCACAGCCCCAGUAAACCAUAUUCCUCCUUCGACACUGAGCUCUAUUUAGGGCCAAGAAGAGAAAGCUGCAGGGAUGUGUACUAACUCAUUUGAUCUCAGAUCUGUGAAUCAGCUAGAAACCUUUUGGUUGCAAGUAACUGAAACCCCAAAUCAAAGGGACUUCAGUUAAAAAGUGAUUUUAUGGGCUCAUGUAAUGAAAAGUCUAGAAGUAUCUUCAGAAAACUGGAGAAGUCUGGAAGUGUCUCAGGCACAGCUGGAUCCAAGGGUUCAAAUGAUGCUCUCAGGACUCAGUUAUUCUCCGUCUCUCAGCUUGGCUCUCUUUUGUGUUGGUUUCAUUCUCAGGAGGGCUCUUUCCUCAUGGUGGAGGAUGACUACCAGCUGCUCCAGGCUUCCAUCCUACUAGCUUAGUAAUCCAGCGGGAAGAGAUUUUCUUUUCCAAUAAUUCUAAGCAAAGAGUGUCAUCAGCGCAUCUGGGGCCUUGUCCCUUCUCCAGGCCUAUUUGGCCAGGACUGUGCCAUGUGCUAGCUGCUAGGGCCAAGAAAUAAGGUCUGAGGACUCAAAGUGGGGUAAGGGAUGGCUGCUUAAAGGAAAAUGAAGGGCUGUUAUCAGAAGGGGGAGUGAUGCCAGUCGGGUAAAACAAGAAUAUCCAUUACUGUUAGGUUGACCAAACAGAGGGAGUCUUGAAGUCUGGCUUCUUAAAUGGGUUUUCGCUGAUCUUAUGGGUGCUUGCCAGUAUGAUGGUGACGGGUUGUGGCGGGGAGAGGUGAUGUAAAAGUAAUAAACAAGACAUACCUUCCUAGAGUGUGAAAUAAUGAAAAAGUUUGGAGAGUAAUUUCAUUUUUUUUUUCGUGGUAAGAUGUUCAGACAUUGACAUAUCACAGAGGAGAGUGGAGAAGUCUCAUAAAAUUAUGAGACUCUAUGUCUGUAGCAAAGCACACUGGCUGUACGUAUAGGACAUGCUGUUGGUGCCCUGCCCAGAUCCCUUCCCAGGUCUGUGCUGGAGUUGUCUUGUACCAACACGUGGGAGCCAAUGGUGUUUCUAUCUUCCUAGCUCUGCUUUCAGUGGUGUCAGAUUGGUAGCUUGAAAUUGCUGUGGUGGUUAGAUUUACAUGCCAGGCACUGGCAAAUGCAAUAGUCCAGGAUUUUUCUGCUUGGGAGAGAGCCUGUAGUUAAAUAUCUCUCAGUACGUCAGCUGCCUGGCAUUCACCAUUAUGGUAUAAGCCAAUGACUUCCUUUCCAGCUUUAUUGAAGUAUAAUUGGUAUACAAAAAACGGCACAUAAUUAAUGUAUGCAAUUUGAUGAGUUUGGACACAUGUGUACACUCAUAUUACCAUUACCACAAUCAAGGUAAUAAACA